AUCAAUGGCUAGAACUGGAACGAGUGCCCAAAAACCGAAAAACGAAGGAAAAAAUUGGACAAUAAAAAUAAAGGAGAUAUGUGAUGUGCAUCAGGGGCCUUACCUUCAAAUGUGGAACAGUAUAAUUGUGAUCUCAUGUGUAUUUGCUGUCUCUCUGGAUCCUUUGUUCUUUUACGUUGUGAACAUCGAUCAGAAACAAAAGUGCCUUCAAACGGACAAAACGUUGAAAAUUGUUGCUCUUGUUAUGCGAUCACUCACGGAUGUCAUUUUCCUGGUGCAUUUGAUAUGUGAAAUUUGUGACUCUGUUCAAAAGACAAUGGACAAAAAGUCGGGGACUUGUGUGGCUGUGCCAACCUCCAAAACGAAUACCCGGAAAAAUGGAUCCUCUGCGGCGGUGGAACAAACCAGGGGAAAUUCCAGUAAGAAAUGGGAAGACAGAGAGUUGAUUCAACAUGCCAGGAAAAUAGCUCAGAAUAUGUCGUGGUUAUCCAUCAUAAUUGACGUUUUAGCUCUUCUUCCCCUCCCACAACUGCUUAUACUAAUGUUUUACCCAAUGAAAGGCUCAGGAUUUAUAGAAAACAAAAAGUUUGUGAAUGUGUUUCUUCUUGGUCAAUAUCUUCCGAGGAUUUCUCGAAUUCACCUAUCGGCCAAGGUAUUCAAAAGGACGAAUGGAAUAUGGGCUAAGGGUCUGUUCAACGUGUUUCUCUACAUUCUUGCUAGUCAUGUACUCGGAGCUUUUUGGUAUUUUUUUUCUAUUCAACGAGAGGCAUCGUGUUGGCACAAGGUUUGUAAAGAUCUUACUAUAAAUACCCGGGAAUGUAUGAAUACUUUCUACUGCGAUAAUAAUGAGAGUACUACUGCAAAAAAUUUCACACUUCUAGACGGCCAUUGCUCGUUGGAUACUCCUACGCCAAAUGGUGAUAUAUCUCCAUUUAACUUUGGAAUGUUUCUUGAUUCCCAUAUGAAUCGAAACCCAGAGCAAAAGUUCGGAAAAAAGUUCUUGUACUCUUUUUGGUGGGGCUUGAAAAAUCUAAGUAAUUUUGGGACGAAUUUGACAACAAGUACGUAUGUGUGGGAAAACUUGUUUGCGAUUCUCAUUUCUGUCAUUGGCUUGCUACUAUUUAUAUAUCUCAUCGGAAACGUGCAGACUUUUAUGCAGAUGGAAGCUACAAAAACAGAGGAGAUGAGACAAAAAGGGGGGUUGAUAAGAUUGAAGAAGCUAGAUGUACGCAUGUGGAUAGACGAAAAUAAAUUCCCUAAUGAUAUCAAGAACGAUAUCAUGAAUAGCAUAGAGAAAGCAUUGAAAACAUACCCAGAUGCUGAUGUCCACAACCCAUUCCUUAUUCUUCCUUGGCAAAGCAAAAGAUCUAUAAAACGCUUUCUUUUCAUGGAUACACUUAGAAAAGUAAAUAAGCUCAAGGACAAGCAUAAAAAAGUGUUGACGUUGAUAUGCGACCAUCUGAAGCCAGUGACGUACAGUGAGAACACCUUCGUUUUUCGAAUGGGAGAUCCACUCGAUUGCAUGCUGUUCAUUAUCAAAGGGACAAUGUGGACCUACGAGUCAUCGAGUGAUGGUCAUGCUGGGCAAGGAAUCUCAUCAAGGUCCAUCAAGCCCCUCGGGAAAGGUAACUUUUACGGGGAAGAACUUCUCGAUUGGGAAUCAAACUGUUCCACCGAAGUUCCAGUCUCCAGCAAACAUGUUAAGACUCGGACAAAAGUAGAAGCAUUUGUGCUCAUGUCCCAGGACUUGGAAAUUGUAGUCUCCAGAUGCAAACCAUAUUGGGAAUGUAACAAGCCUGAAGAGGUGGCACUUGCUACCAUCCGUCGUUUCUGUACCAAGGCACAACGACGCCUGCCCCUGUCCCCGGCUGGAAUAGCGGAUGUCAAUGGUGGGAGCUUGCCAUCGACAACAAGCAAUUAGUAUAUUCAGAAACGUCAAAGUCGAGACGCUCAAAUUAUGGCCAAGAGUUCCAUACACAACUCUAGUUGAGUACAUAUUGUAUAGCUCUGGCCGCGAAUCAAUAUUGUUGAUAUAUAGCCAGGGUAGCGUUUCUAUGUUUAUAUAUU